AUGGCGAGUAUCGGACCACGUCUAGCAUGGCGUCAAAAGUUGCGAAUACAUUUCAAGGCGAUAUUGCAAGCAUUACCCGUCUCGCUUCUUAUCGUAGGAGAGGGAAAAGAUCUCUAUUACCGAGCGACAUGGGAAGUAACAGAGAUUCAACCAAGUGAGUUUAGCACUGGAGACAUUGUCACUAUCUGCAAUCGCUGGUAUACAUUACCAACAUGGAAUCACAAGUGUUAUAGUCUACUCUCAAAGGUACUUUUAAAGUCUACCUGGGAUGAUGUGGGUGUUAUUUGGAUGAAGAAUGGGGUACCGUAUAUAUUUUUCUGUGACUUUGAAGGUGCGAAGGUGUUAAGUAUGGAUGAAUUCAUUCAAACACGAUUACCACGUGGAAUGGCGGUGCGAAAACUUUUAAUUGAUGAACCGAGUCUUUCACGCAGACCAACUUCGUCCGUGGCGGCACUUUUCUCAACAGAAGUGCAGAAGUUAACACCUCAUCCAUGGUAUCUUUUUUCAGCAAGCCUUCGUCAUGGGAAUGAAAACAAGUACUAUGAAUUUAUGUUGGAGAUGAGUAGAGAGAGGUAUAGGAUUUAUGAAAUGAGGAAACGAAAAACAUCUUCAUUAGCGGUAAAAAAUCAAGAAGAAAAAUUAAAAGAAAUGGAAGAAAUGCGUCAGCAUUUAUCUACCUUUGUGAAACAUGAUGGGAAUUUUAGACUUUUUAAUGGAUCCAUGGCGGCUUCCUUCCUAGCGACCUUUGAUUUGCUCGAUAGGAAUUUGCCUCCACCUUCUCGUUAUGUACCACAGGACUUUGCACAUGAUUUACCGUUCAAGUGUUUGGCUAAACUGGAAGAGCCGGUUGUAUUUUUUAAGAACUAA